ACAUAUAUGAUAUAAUUUAUAAUAAAUUACGGAACAUAGCAUGGAUAAAUCGGAUAAAUUGGCCGCCGUUCAACGCGUAUCCCACGCGCGAUUCUGCCACAUUUCAACUGACACGCAAUCCCGACGAAUAUUUGUGCGAAGGUUCACUCGACGAUCAUCAAGCUUGCUCAAAGAUCUAGAAAAUUGAUAAAUCAUCCGAGGAUUUGACGUAACAGAUAGUGGCAUCACGUGAUAACGCGGCGUCCCGACAAGUGAAAUUGUAUCGUGGGCGUUGCAUCAAACAAGCCGUGUCGACUGAGCAUCAUCGCUCGAGGUUCGAGACCGAAGAUCAGCACCAAGUCCAAAUGAGCACCGAUUCGAAAUGCAGGAUUCUGGUGACCGGUUUCGGGCCGUUCGACAAGCACGUGGUGAAUGCCAGUUGGGAAGCAGUGAAGGAGUUGCAAAAGCUGUGGGCGGCAUCCAAGGAAUUUCCUGGCGUUGAGUUAAUCACGGAAGAGAUUCCGGUUUCAUAUGACUACGUGUCCACCUGCAUUCCUCAGCUUUGGAAGAAGUACAACCCUACAAUUGUUCUACAUGUGGGUGUGUCGCACAUUGCCACUUCUUUGACGAUAGAGUGCCACGCUCACAGCAGUGGCUACGACAGAUUUGACGUAGACGACAAAUGCCCAGACGAGAACGACAUUGAGUGCAAUGUCUUGGAAACUAGCAUAGAUGUUAAGGAACUCUGCGAUAUCGUGAAUAAAAAUUCUGAAAAAAGUGGAUGUGAUGCCUGUAUAUCGCACAACGCUGGUAGAUACCUGUGCGAGUACAUAUAUUAUCAGUCUCUCACCAUUGAGCCAACGAGAGUCCUGUUCGUACACGUUCCUGAUUUUGACAAGUAUUCCAGCGCACAAACUGCUAAGGGCUUGUACGACGUUCUGAGUUGCUUAGUAAGAAAUUUGAAAUGCAGUCAAUAGUCAAUUCGAUUACCGAUAAAAAGAGAAGUAAAAUUUUAUACAAAUCUAAAAUCUAAAAUGAGAAAUAAAUUUUAUAAAAAUCUAAAUAUUUGAAGCUCGUCUACUUCUUUACAAUUACUAUGUUCAAAUAGAAAAAUUGAAAGAUGUGAGAUCGAAAUAUGUAAGAAACUGUAACUUACUAUGAACUAUGGUAUAAGAUUAUAAAACAAAUACAAAUGUUUUGCUGAAUAAA